AGAUGUCCAGGAUAGUGGUCCUCGUGGCGUGGUGUUUCCUGCAAGGGGAAGGCAGGCAUCCCGAGCCGCCGGGCGGCAGUGCCAGGGGCGGCAAUUUCUUGGACAAUGACCAGUGGCUGAGCACCGUCUCCCAGUACGAGAAAGACAAAUAUUGGAACAAGUUCAGGGAUGAUGAUUAUUUCAGAAACUGGAAUCCAAACAAGCCCUUUGAUCAAGGUAAAGCUCUUGAUCCAUCCAAAGAUCCAUGUCUGAAGGUGAAGUGCAGCCCACAUAAAGUGUGCGUCACUCACGACUAUGAAACUGCUAUUUGUGUAAGCCGCAAGCAGCUGGUACACAGCCUUCGGCAAAAGAAAGGAAAUCUGGCCCAGAAACAUUGGAUUGGACCAGCUAAUAUAGCCAAAUGCAAGCCGUGUCCAGCAAUGCAUGGCAGCCCUGUCUGUGGUUCUGAUGGACAUACGUACACUGCCAAGUGCAAGUUGGAGUUCCAUGCAUGUACUUCUGGCAAAACUAUCUCAGCACGAUGUGAGGGGCCCUGCCCAUGCCUUCCAGGACAGGACCAUCCAAAGCACAAGGCUGAGAAGGCAGCUUGCACAGACAAGGAGCUAAGGAAUCUUGCUUCCCGGCUAAAGGACUGGUUCGGAGCACUUCACGAGGAUGCCAACCGCGUCAUCAAGCCAACAAGCUCGGAGACGGCGCAAGGCAGGUUCGACACCAGCAUACUACCCAUCUGUAAGGAUUCGUUAGGCUGGAUGUUCAACAAACUCGAUAUGAACUAUGACCUCUUGCUGGAUCACUCGGAGAUCAAUGCCAUUUAUCUUGAUAAGUACGAGCCGUGCAUUAAACCCCUCUUCAACUCCUGCGACUCCUUCAAAGACGGAAAGCUUUCAAACAACGAAUGGUGCUACUGCUUUCAGAAGCCAGGAGGUCUUCCUUGCCAGAAUGAAAUGAACAGGAUUCAAAAGCUAAGUAGAGGGAAGAGUCUGUUGGGUGCUUUCAUUCCACGAUGCAAUGAAGAAGGCUAUUACAAAGCAACACAAUGUCAUGGAAGUACAGGGCAGUGCUGGUGUGUUGAUAAGUAUGGUAAUGAGAUAGCCGGCUCAAGAAAACAAGGGACAGUCAGCUGUGAAGAAGAACAAGAAACCUCAGGGGAUUUUGGCAGCGGUGGUUCUGUCGUAUUGCUGGAUGAUCUUGAAGAGGAACAUGAAGCAGCAAAAAAGGACAAAGAAGGGAAAUUGAAGAUUCAUGUAAGAGCGGCUAAUGAGGACGAUGAAGAUGAAGAUGAUGAUAAGGAUGAUGAAAUUGGUUAUAUAUGGUAGUUCCCACAUUUCGGAGGACUCAUGUUUGCACAAUAUUGCAAGUCACUUCAUAUCUCUGCAAUUGUAUCUAAAAAUACCAGGCACAAAAUAUUCUUGCUCCACUGUUUAAUUUUGUACAGUAUGUAUCAUUUCGGAGAUGGGGGUUUUUUCCAACCAACUACUGUUUUCAAUACGGUUUAUUCCCUUUUUUUUCUGGUCCAUCGCCAGGGCAAUAAGUUUUGUUUCAACAACAUUUCAUAGGUUAACCCCCAUCUGCAAAGCUUGUUAAAUGUAUCUUCUGAAAUAAAAAUAAAACGCAGAAGGGGCUCGGCAAACCAAUGCAGGUGUUAGAAGCCCUCUUUAUAUUAUCAACAUCAGAGAGGCUUUGUCAAAACUGAAUUUCUUAACUGAAUCUUUCUGAUCGUGCUCUAAGCAACUGCUUUGCUUUAAAAUGGUAGGGUGUAUGGAAAAGCAGGUGGCUCGGUUUCUUUCCUCUGUUCGGCAUUUUCCAUUAAAGAGUAAGUCAUCUCUGUACAGUAAGUCAUCCCUCCCUACUACCCUACUGUUAGUGGGUUAACAUCAGAAAGCAACCUGUUUAUGAGUUUUUCUCUUAAGAAUGAUUACUACAAGCUCAGUCCAGCCCUCGCUGAAGUCAAUGGCAAAACUCCAGGUGGUUGAAAGCUGCAGGAUCAGAUCAUUUACAGUGAGAAAACAAGUUUCCCUGUUCAACACAAUGUGGUCUUGCCCCUUAAACAUGCUACAUCCCUGUGGCUACAGCUGAGUUCAGACCACGUAGGAGGAGAAUGGGAUUAUAACCCCCUUUCUAAGGGCUUGAGUAGAGACUGCUUUGCAUCUCUAGAUCAUUGUGACCAGUUCCCAACCAGCAAAUCUUGCGCUUCUGUUUUGGGACCGGUUUGCACUUAUUUCAUGUGAGCUGCCUCUGUUUCCUGAACAACGUGCCAAUAGAUCUGCCUUUACUUCAUUUAUUCUUAAGUGAUUCCCCAUUCAAAUGCAAUGAAGCUGUCAAAGGCACUAACCAUCAAAAGUAAUAGGCUGUCCUUUGCUUUAUUUUAAAUAGUUAAUAUUUAUUUGAUCUGUUUAGAAACUACCUUAGGCGGGGAUAUUUCAGACGAACAUCUCUUCUGCUUAAUAUGAAGUUCCCGUACGUGUCUAUAAAAGAAAAGAACAUUAUCAAAAUGAAACCUGUAAUUCAUUAAAUAUCUCCCAUUCAUUCCUCUCUCUCCAGCGGCAGCUCAGCAUGCUGCAAUGACAUUCUUCCCUGUCCUUUCCUGUUGUAAUUCAUUGAUAAAGUGAAUGCACCUUAUCACGUCUUCUGUUACUGUCGUUUAGUUCAGAUGAUCAGAAAACACAGUACGUGCGAAUAGUUAAGGGAGGAAAUAUAUUUCUGUUGCAAAUUCAUUUUUGCACUUAAGAGGACAAAAAUGAUCCACGAGAGGUUUUAAUUCCUGUAGCCCUAACACACGAGUAGUUCCACUGAUGUCAGUGGUGUUAUACCAGAAAUGAAUUGGGCCAGUAGCUUUUCAGAGUACAACUUUAGCUUUCCAUUCAACAGUCUCCUCUUUACUGCAAACUCACUGACUUACUUUUCAAAGCAGCUGUGCAAUAUAGUUUAACCCCAGGCCACUGCUCUAUGUAAGUAGUAUUUUGCCUGCUUAUCUAUCUUGCUUCUUCCAUGAUUAGUUUUGGGGGUUUAAAUAUCACUUCAAGGUCCAGUUUGCUAAAUGAAACCUGCCACUGUAAAUGCCAGAUUUCAUACAGCAAGCAGCACGUUUCACCUGUCACCCUAGGCCAGGAGCCUGAAUUCACUUUUCUUAUGAAAGCUGAGUCCCGGGUCAUUUUUUCUGGUCUGUGUCUCCCACUUAUGCUUAUCCUGGGGCUCUGGUGAUCAAGGAUAAAAUUAUUGUUUAAAGGUUUCCAUAUAAAGGCCUGAAGACACAUCCUUUUCACUGCAAGUGCUUACACAGCUGAGGACUUUCAGGCUCCAGCCCUAUGGCUUCAUGUUGGAAAAGCUACUGCAUUAAAGUGAUCUUAUUAUACCGACAUAGCAAUGGACUCUGAUAUUGUUUCACAGGCAUGGGGUGCUGCUAGCUGAGAUUUAAAACAUUUUAAGCUGUGCAAUUUAUAUAUUUGGCCUGGGGCUGCGUGUGUAUAAAUACACGGAGCAGAAAUGCACGGAGGCUCCAGCUGAUGAUAAUUACACCCACAAAAGCUGGAUUUCCUGUUAAAGAGUUGUUUCAAAGCCUUUGCCUGCUAUUUGAUUUACAGAAAGAAAAUCUGGUCAUUACAAAAGGAGCCUGUCUGAGGAGAUGAAUCAUUUUUUUGCUUCGAUUAUCAAGGUAGUGAUAAUUUGUAUAGCUGAGCAGAAUGUAAAAGGACAGGCACCAUUCACAUCCACGCUCGAGGGAUUUGCCGGUACAGUGAUGCAACACACCGGGAAAACGACACAAGAGUAGGAAUCGUGUAUGCAGCAAACAUCAUCAGGAAAGACGCACAAAAACCAGCUUGUAUCUGCAAAUAUGCUACAAGGGCUCGGCUCUUAACAAAAACUGUUGGCAUUAAAGGUUUACUACAAGUCCUACAAUCCACUCAUAUUCAUGCCAGUUGUUUUAUAAGGCAAGAUUUUGGUCAGCUUUGGAUAGGAGAUAGCAUGCAACCUUUCUACCCGACGAGCAACCUGAGGAAGGCAUUGUGCCUCCAUAUUCCCCCCAUGGAGAUGGAGCCAUGAUCCCACCUGUUUUUCACCCUUUUUCAACCCUACCAGUCCUUCUUGUAUGCUGGCUGUGUACAGCCCCAUCCUGCCACUGGGCCGAGAGCCACGUACCUGUGAGGAUGAGGCCGUUCAUAAGCUCAGUGCUGUUCUCACCCUCUUCCUCCCCUGUGUGUCAGGGCGUGCUAUUUAGCUCAAAUUGGACAGCAUGAACCACCUCUACAUGCUGGUUCAGGCAAGAUAAUGAAUGCCUGGUUCCACUGAAGUUGGGGGGAGAGCGUGCGGGUGAACAACAUAAAUACGCCACUGUUUUGCAUGGUCCAGGUGAUUAUUUGUCUCUUCUCUGUGAAACUGGUAAGUCUGCUUUUAGAGUUGACUUUUUAUGUUUGUACACUGUCCAUUGAGUGCUCUAGAGAGAGCUCCAAUGGGCCAGAUCUGGCUCAGUCUAGUAGGUACCCACCAUUUGGUGCUGAAACACCUCACGCCAAUCCCGAUCACAACACAGCUUAGGUGGGAUUUGGGCAUCUAAGUGCAGCCAUCUGGGGAACUUUGUAGUUGGCAUUGCUUCAACAUAGGAACCUACUGCACUUUAGGACCGGAGGUGUGGGGCGAAUUUUAAUUCCUCCUGACUCUUUAGAUAUUCAUAUGCCCCGUAAGGCCUGUCGCGGCAUUGAUGUGACUGAACUGUAUCUGACCCAGUAGCACCGUUCUGUGUUGUCAUUAUAAUGAGUGGCAAAAGCAGCAAAACGGUCAAGAUCUUGACCUCGUUCACUGUUGUUAACCUGGAGCGAUGCCAUUGAUUUCACUUGAGUUAGACUGGUUGAAGAACCACUGAGAGGUCAACAAAGAAGUCCUGUGGGCACCAGACUGCACCAACGAUUGGCAACUGUCUCGAGAAACUUAGCUUUGAAUCCCUUUCUCCUGCUUCUAGCUCUUGAAAAACCACUUUUGGAAAGGUCUGGAAUUUAUCCAGCAUUUUUUUCUACUUGCCUUUUUUGAUAUCCAGGAUUUUUGCAUCGCCAAAUUGCUUACUCAGCAUCGUGCACGUCAUGGCUGUCUUCACCCUGGGGUUUAUUUUAACCAGAUAAAUUGUCUCUGCCUUUGGCCCAUGAGCCCUGCAGUGUGGGACUUCGAGACCACAGGUCACCCGCACUUGGCCUCACUGUCAAAGUGGGAGGAGCCUCCAACUUAACAUAAAAUCAGAAGGCUACUUCCUGUCACGAAAAACGGUCUUAACCCCACACAACGGUCCCUUGAGCAAACUGACAGCACCCCAAUAUCCUCCUAGCAUUGCAGCUGUGCCGCAGACUGACAAACUACUAUGCAUCAUUUAAAGCCCCAAGGGGGAUCAAAUCCCCUCAUACACACCUUGUGUGAGCAGGACCCCUGCAGGGAAAUGCAGGGGAGUAGUGACCGCCUCGUACUACUUACACCGGGGGCAGGCGCAGCCUGGCGGCUUCAUUGAACAAGCCCUUCCACCACUCCACUGCCCUCAAGUCUGCAUCUCCGGUCUCCCUAGCAUAUGGCCUGAAAUUGCAGUUUCUAAUCACCUGAGUCUCUCAGGCAAGGGCAGCUGUUUUUACGUUCAGAAAAAACAUUAACUAACUAACAUAGCAAAACUGAAUAUAUUACUGCUUGAGACGUGUGCACAGAUGCACCUGCACAAAGUCAAGCAAUUAUCAACAGAAUUGUACACGCACAACUGGAGGCUGAGUUUGGCCUUGGGUAGCUGCUGCUAGAGCACCCUGUGUGAUCCCAUUUGCUGGAGACUUCUGCAAAGCCAUUUGCUGUUGUUAGGCUCGCAGGUCUAUUCAAGGUUCAGGACUAUUCAAGAAAUUAUUUAAGUACACUUAACUGGAAGAACGUGCUUAAGCACUUUUCUGUUAUAGGCCAUAAUUCAAGGAAAGUAACUUCACUGACCUGUUUUAGCAAAGCAUACAUGUGUGUAUGAUUUAAAGAAACUGUUCCAUAUGUAUAAAAGAACAAGGCCUUAUGUUCUGCGCAGCCUGAUAUAUAGAGCUGUUUUUCUUUGAAGAGGAAGUUAAGAAUAUAUUUGGCUGGGGGUACUCCAAUGAAGGUCCAAGCUGAGGUAAAACUCCACUGAAGUCUGUAGAAAACCAUCCGGUGGAGAUUCCAGGUCUACCAGCUUGACUCAUUGUAACUUUUUAACUUUGCCAGUCACCCUGUUUCCUAGAAAAUGCAGUACUCCCAGUCGGUAACUUGUCGGUACCUUAAUGCGGAUAGUUUCAAAGCACAGCCAUGGUUCAGGCUCCAUCAAGCUCUCAACUGAGUGAUGACAAAGCAGAGUUCUUUCUUUUGAUUUUUUUUCCUACGAAUUUUAGAAGAGGCACUACCCAAAGUCCUUUGCUGUUCCUUAAAACAAACGAGGCACUUAGUGCACAGUUCCCAGAGCCAGUGGCCAUGGCAAAGUGCAGCCAAUAAAGCCUCCCUUUUCUCGUGUUUGUCCUGAGUGACAACCGGGACAUGCGAAGAGGUAGCUAAGAUGCUCCCGGGUUGCUUUCAACUUCCGUUUUUGUUGCAACAUCAAAUAUAGUCCAUUUGCCUCCAAACACUGACCCUCCAAAAGGGAAAGACGGAAACAGGCACUAAGGAUGCCGAAGAUUUACGUGACGAGCACUCCCGAGUCCCGCUCCGUUCCAAGGCGUUAGGUGGUUUUUUCAUUACGGCUGAGGGACAUCCCAAGUCGAGUUUACUUGCCAGCGCAGGUUUUCUGCUGUUGUUUUCAGCCUUUUCUGUCAACACUCCAAGGGCGUGAAUUUUAUUUGGGGGAGGGCGGGGGGAAGGAGGAGGGGGCUAUUAUUUAAACCAUUGGAAGCAUUUAUUUAAUAUUUAUUCUACAGUUUCUAUUUCAAAUGUAAAGUUUAUAUUUAAAAACCACACGGUUUGUUAGUGAAUGCUCUCUUUACCUAUUCAGCCUAGUCUGUAGUCUCAAUGUACAUUUCUGGCAUGGGAAUAUGUUGAUAUUAGAAGUUUUGUAGCAUUCUCUCCCCCCGAGCAGCAAAUGACACAAGAUCUGAGGGUCGCAAAUGCUACCCACCCGCAGAUCUCUCAAGCUUAGCUUCUUCCACUCUCUGGCUUUCAUUGCAGUCCCUUCUGUAUACCAUUCAAGUUUCUUUAAUACAUAGACUGCUUUGUACAGAUACUAUACUCCACAUCAAAGAGCCCUUUCUACAGUAGGUGAUUUUUGGUCUUUUUAUACUUUUCUCAAUGCUGCUGAUGUCCGUUACUGUUAAAUGUGUAGCACUGUAAGGAGAGAUCCAAAUAUUACGUGUUUAAGUUUGAUGUCCCUACUGUAACCGGAAUGUAGACUCUCAUAGUAAAUUAGAAUAGCGUAGUAAAUUCUGAAUGCUUUUUUCCAUACGGAGUUAAAUGGAAUGUGAAUAUUUUGCUAACCUCUUUGGUUACCUGUAAAUGCUUAACUGUAGUCCUAAAUAGCUGCAUUUCUGUCUGUCUCAAUAAAUUUUAAUUUGUCUGCCAUUCCUUAUUGCCUGCCUUUUGUUUUAUUAAAUUAUGGGGAUUCAAAGUACUGCAGUGUGUUGAGUCAGCAUUUUAAUCAUGUGCUGAAGUGGAUGGUGUAUGUUAUAUUUCAGUUUUAUACCUGUACCUCUGUCCAAUGUCGGCUGUUAAUCUGUGAAGUUAAUGUCAUGUCUUUAGAAAUCUGUACUUUCAAACAAAAACCAAAAACUGGGUGUAUUAAAAACUGAUUUUUUUAAAGAAA